AUGGACCCCUCUGAAGCCCAGCGCACCGUCCUGGCUGCGUUGCAUCGCAAGUUCAUAGACGGUAGCCACAUCCUGCACCACCAGGGCGUACUCGAUGCCUAUGGCCACCUAUCAGUGCGGCACCCAUCCAACCCGCAAGUUUUCAUCAUGUCCCGGUCAAUGGCCCCAGGCACCAUCUCCAGCGUCGCCGAUCUGAUCGAGUACCACGUGCAGAAUGCAGAGCCGCUGGACCCCAGCGCAGGGCAGGGUUUCGCGGAGCGGCACAUCCACUCCGAGGUGUACCGGCGGCACGCAAACGUCAGCGCCGUGGUGCACAGCCACGCCGAGAGCGUGAUCCCGUACACCAUCGCCGGCGUGCCGCUGCGGCCCUGCUACCACAUGGCGGGGUUCCUGGGGCUGGGGGACAAAGGGGCACCCGAGGUGUAUGACGCGGCGGAGUUCGUUGACGAGAACGACGUGCCCGACAUGCUGGUGCGCAACGCGCACCUGGGCGAGCCGCUGGCGGCGUGUUUUGACGGCGGCGCGGUGGUGGCGCUCAUGAGGGGCCACGGGCUGACGGUGGUUGGGGGCGGGGUUGAGGAGGUCGUGUCGCGGUGUGUGUAUACCAUGAAGAACGCAAGUAUACAAACGGCUGCGAUGACGAUGCAGAGCGCGUUUGCGGUCAAGAGUGGUGGGUCGACGCCGGGUGGUUUGAAGUUUCUCAGCGAGAGCGAGUCGAAGGCUGCGACCGGGAUGACUGCGUGGUCUGCCCAGAGGCCUUGGAAGUUGUGGGUCAGGGAGGUGGAGGCAAGCGGGCUUUAUUUGAACUCAGCUUAG